UCUCUCUCUCUCAUUGUGGCGAGCAGCAGCAGUAGUUGUUUCAUGGAACUCAGUCAGGCAAAUGACCGAUCUCCUCUCUUCCUCCUCUCUUCUCUUCCUCCUCUCUUCUCCUCCUGCUGUUUUCUCUCUGCGAUCGCUCAGAGGUAGUGGAAAAUCUAUCUACUCCGUUUUGACUCCCUCUCCUCCUCUAUUCUCCUCCUCUCUUCUCCUCCUAUCUCCUCUCUCCUCCUCUCGUCCACGUCUCACCCCUUGAGCUGGGGGUUAGCGGGGCUCUGUGUGUGUGUGUGAGGGAGAGAGAGAGAGGGAGAGAGAGGGAGAGAGGGGGGGAGGAACAGGGUUCAGGAUGGAAGCGAUGGCUCUCUAUUCGUUCCGAGCCACGGAGGGUGAUGAGCUCAGUUUCAACAAGGGAGACGUACUGAAGAUUAUCAACAUGGAGGAUGAUCCUAACUGGUACACAGCGGAGCUCAACAACAAGAAAGGAUAUGUUCCCAAAAACUACAUUAACCUCAAACCACACGCGUGGUUCGCUGGCCGUAUAUCCAGGGGGGUCUCAGAGGGCAGAUUGAGACAGAGAGACCGAGGAGCGUUCCUCGUCAGAGAGAGUGAGAGCGCUCCAGGGGAAUUCUCCAUGUCCGUCAGUUAUGGGGACCAUGUGCAGCACUUCAAGGUGCUCCAGGACAGGUCAGGACAGUACUUUGUUUGGGAGGAGAUGUUCUUCUCUCUGAACCAGAUGGUGGAGUUCUAUCAUAGCAACAGCAUCGCCAAGGAGGGAAUCGUCGUCCUACGAGACCCAGAACAAUGUGCCAGGCUCCCCCACCACGCCCACGCUCUGUUUGACUUCACCCCCCACCACCCCUCCCAGCUACGCUUCCUCCGCGGUGAUAUCAUCGACCUGCUCGACUGUUCUGAUUCGCUGCGCUGGAGAGGCCGUUGUCAUGGACGCGUCGGAUUCUUCCCCCCGGAGUAUGUCCAGGCCGUCUACCAAUGACCCCGCCCCCAUCUACAACGGACCCCGCCCCAUCUACAGCGAACCCCACCCCCAUCUACAAUGGACCCCGCCCCCAUCUACAACGGACCCCACCCCCAUCUGCCCCGCCCCAUCUACCAAUGACCCCGCCCCAUCUACAACGAACCCCGCCCCAUCUACCACUGCCCCACCCCCAUCUGCCCCUGCCCCCGCCCCAUCUACAACGAACCCCGCCCCAUCUACCACUGCCCCGCCCCAUAUAUCACUGACUUGUCAAUCAAACUACUGACUGAUAUUAAAAUGAGAGGAGAGACAGAGAGACUGGAGAGAGACUGGAGAGAGACUGGAGAGAGUGGAGAGAGACUGGAGAGAGACUGGAGAGAGACUGGAGAGAGUGGAGAGAGACUGGAGAGAGACUGGAGAGAGUGGAGAGAGACU